AUGGCUCCCGUUCCAGGCGAAUCACUACCCGUUCGUUCCGCGGCCGAGAAAGGCCAGCCCCAAUACCCUGCUCCUCUAAAAGCAAGUGGUGCCUUGGAUCAAUUUGAAUUCGAAGAAACCACUCCUGUAAUUGGUCGCGAAUACCCAACUCUAAACAUCGUCGAUGACCUCCUGAAUGCCCCAAAUGCAGAUGAGCUGGUGCGCGACCUUGCCAUCACAAGCGUCGUCUUCUUCCGCUCCCAAAACAACCUCACCGAUACUUUCCAAAAACAACUCGUCCACCGGCUAGGCCAAUUAAGCGGCAAACCAGCCGACUCAACCCUCCACAUCCACCCAGUCCUAAACAACACGAACGAAUUCGGCGUCGACGACGCCCAAGUCAGUACCAUCAGCUCUAUCUCCCGUAAAAAGAUGCACAACCAUGACGAACAGCGCAAUAAACGUCGCUACGACUCCGCCCGCUGGCACUCUGAUAUCCAAUUUGAGCCCGCACCCGCCGACUACACCUCUCUCCGAUUAACUCAGCUCCCCAAGACAGGUGGAGAUACCCUCUGGGCCUCGGGGUAUGAAAUGUACGAUCGAUUCUCGAAACCGUAUCAGAAAUUCUUCGAGGGUUUGACGGCUACUUAUCGCGGGGACGGCUUUUUGAAAGCUGCCGAUGCUGAUCCGGAGAAGGUCUUUAUUCAUGCCGAGCCGAGAGGAAAUCCGCUUAAUAUUGGGAAGGCACUGGAGACGGUUCAUCCUAUUGUGAGGACGAAUCCUGUGACGGGGUGGAAGAGCAUUUAUGCUGUUGGAUCGUUUCCGAAGCAGAUUAAUGAGCUUAAUCCCGAAGAGUCGGAUGAACUUUUGAAGAAGUUUUAUAGUACUAUUACGGAGAAUCAUGAUCUCACUGUACGUUUCAAGUGGAGGAAUCCGAAUGAUUUUGCUAUUUGGGAUAACCGUUCUGCUUUCCAUACUGCUACGUUUGAUUAUGAAGGUCUUGGCGACCGAUUUGGUCACCGCGCAGUUGGUAUUGGAGAGAAGCCUUACCUUGAUCCUAACAGUACCUCGCGAUCAGAAGCCUUGGCUGCCGAGGGCAACUAG